CAGGUCGGGAAGCGGCGGGCCAGUGCAGCGGCCGGGAUCGCCGCCCCUCCGUCCGGAGACUCUGCUCCGCUCCGCCGGCCCCUCCGCCUCCUCCUCUCCUCCUUCCUCCCCUGCCCUUCCUCCCCCCGCUCCUCCUCCUCCUCCUCCUCCUCCUGGUUCUCCGGCGGCGGGGCUCUGCAGAGGCGCCAGGAAGCGAGCGGGGCGCGCGGCGCGGCUGCACCAGACCCGGCCAAGGGAAGCGGGAAGGGAGAAGGGCGCCCCGCUGCUCCCGGCCCUGGCCGCGAAGAGGAGGAGGAGGAAGAGGAGGAGGGGGCUGAGCAGGGAGCCCCGCGUCGGGGCCCAGGGGGAGCCCUGCGGCGGGGGCCACCAUGACGCGCCUCAGCUGGUGCUUCGCUGCCCUCAUCCGGUGGGGCAAGUACUUCUUCUCCUGCCUCCUGCCCCUGCGGUUCUGCCUGCGCCGGGAGCCUGAGGACCUCGAAGCAUCCACGUCACACACUUUCAAAGUGAAGAGCUUCAAGAAAGUGAAGCCAUGUGGGAUAUGUCGCCAGGCUAUCACCCGCGAGGGGAGUACUUGCCGAGGUUGCAAGCUCUCCUGUCACAAGAAAUGUGAAGCCAAGGCUGCCACGCCUUGUAUGCCUGCUGGCAAUAAUGAACUGACAUCCACUGAGGAGAGUCCUGCGAAGCAUGUAGAAACCCCAGUGUUUGCAAGAUCUCCCAGAAUUAUUCAGGCACGACGUAAAACUUCAAGGAGCUUGAGCCUAAAUCAGACCAUGGAGGACACUUGUGAACUAGAUCUGGUUUAUGUCACUGAGCGGAUCAUUGCUGUCAACUUUGCAAGUUUGUCAGAAGAGCAGAUCUUCUGCAGCAACCUGAAGGAAGUGGCACAAAUGCUUAAAUCCAAGCAUGGAGACAGUUAUCUGCUUUUUAACCUGUCUGAGAGAAGACAUGAUAUCAGCAAACUCCACUCCAAGGUGCUGGAUUUUGGUUGGCCUGACUUGCACACUCCUGCUCUGGAGAAGAUAUGCAGCAUCUGUAAAGCCAUGGAUACUUGGCUCAAUGCUGAUCCUCAUAAUGUGGUGGUUCUCCAUAACAAGGGAAACAGAGGCCGAACAGGGGUUGUUAUUGCUGCCUACAUGCACUACAGCAACAUUUCAGCCAGUGCUGACCAAGCUCUGGACCGAUUUGCCAUGAAGAGGUUUUAUGAGGACAAAGUGAUCCCAGUGGGACAGCCAUCACAGAAGAGGUAUGUCCAUUACUUCAGUGGUCUGCUCUCUGGCACCAUCAAAAUGAACAACAAGCCUCUUUUUCUGCAUCAUGUCAUAAUGCACGGCAUUCCCAACUUUGAGUCUCAAGGAGGCUGCCGGCCCUUCCUCAAGAUAUACCAAGCUAUGCAACCUGUCUACACAUCUGGCAUCUACAAUGUGCAGGGAGAUAGCCAGACCAGCAUCUGCAUCACCAUAGAGCCUGGACUGCUCUUAAAGGGAGAUAUAUUGCUGAAAUGCUAUCACAAAGAGUUCCGCAGCCCAACACGGGACGUUAUAUUCCGGGUGCAGUUCCACACGUGUGCCAUUCACGAUCUGGCUGUUGUCUUCAAUAAGGAAGACCUGGAUGAUGCCUUUAAAGAUGAGCGAUUUCCAGAGUACGGGAAGGUGGAGUUUGUUUUCUCUUAUGGUCCUGAGAAGAUUCAAGGCAUGGAACAUCUUGAGAAUGGCCCCAGUGUCUCAGUGGACUACAACACUUCAGAUCCGCUCAUCCGCAGGGACUCCUAUGAAAGCUUUAACCUGCAUCGGGAAGAUAGCAUGGAGGAGGUUGGGCACACCCAAGGCCCCCUGGAUGGCAGCCUUUACGCCAAGGUGAAGAAGAAAGACUCGCUCCACGGCAGUACCGGCGCAGUUAACACCAACCGCAUUACCCUAUCUGCUGCUGCCAACCACAUUGAGCACACUCUCUCUGUCAGCAGUGAUUCAGGCAAUUCAACUGCUUCCACCAAGACAGACAAGACUGAUGAACAGGCAGUGCCAGCACUCCCUGGUAGCAGUGGAGGGAGCAACCCUAUACUAACUCCAGAAGAGAAGCGGGAGCUUGAGAGUUUGCUCAGUGGUUUUGGAUUGGAAAACGAAGCCAACAUGCACAACCACAGCCCCAGUGGGGUAGGCAUGGUCACCACUACCCCAUCAGGCCGUCACAUAGUCCCAGCUCAAGUUCAUGUCAAUGGGGAGGCUACUAGCAGCUUGGUGGCUGAGAGGGAAACAGACAUUUUGGAUGAUGAGCUGCCCAAUCAGGACGGGCACAGUGUGGGUAGCCUGGGCACUCUCUCAUCCUUUGAUGGCACCACUAACACUAGUGACCUGGGCUACCAUGAGGCCCCCCGGAUGGAGAGCCUUGUUUCCUUACCAAAUGGAUCAUCCAACUUCAAUGGCAUAGAUAAGCUGCAUGAUUCAGAGACAGUCAUCAAUGGUGGUUACCCUUAUAACAACCAGAACACCCUGAGGAGCAUGAUGGGGCGUCACCCCCAAGACCCCUAUGGGCACAUAAGGCCCUCAGUGUCUGCCCAGGAAAAUUUGGCUGACUACUAUCAGCAUGGCUUCCCCACCCCUGCCUGGCUUCAACCUCAGCCUCCAGUCUCCAGCCAGCAGUACUCGUAUGGCUAUGAUCCAAAUGGCAUAUACCGCUCCCAGUCCUUCCCCACAGCUACAGCAGAGAGCCCCCAACUCCCCCAGGCACCAACCCGGAGCACUAGUAGCCGGGAAGCUGUCCAGAGAGGACUUAACUCUUGGCAGCAGCAAGGUGUAGGCAGUAGGUCACCAUCCCGCCAGCAAGAUGGUGCCCGAGACAGCCAAAGUCCCAGUGUCUCCAGUGUUAGCCCUCAGCCCAGUCCUUCACAAGCAGCACUUACUCAGAGCAUCAGCAUCCCUGAAUUUCCUCAUGUGGCAUCCCAGAAGGAAAUAGAGCAAUCAAUCGAAGCCCUUAACAUGCUCAUGCUUGACCUGGAUCCCUCUUCCUCCUUGGUAAUGCACAAAUCCCAGAGUGUUCCAGUGGCUUCUAGAGAAGAGAAACCACGUCCAGUGGCCCUUUCCAUGUCUGCCCAGCCGGUGGCUGGUCCUCAAGUAGUGCAACCUAAAUCUACCAAUAUUUUUGGGCCCAUCCCAGGGAGCCCUUCAUACAACUCCAUGGACACUACGUUGUCCCAGCUGCCUGAGGCACCACCUAAAGCGCAUCCCACCAAACUGCUGCUCCACAAUGCUGGAGAGCCAGAAUUUCCAACACAGGAUUACAGAGAGGCCUACUCACUCUAUGGUUAUCAGAACCAACAGCCAACACAAGCCAGGAGCUAUGACCAGAGUGCAGGAAGCCCUCCAACAUCUCCCAGGCCCCAUGCAAUGGCAUACAAACUCAUGGAGGGGCAGCAUCCACUGCUGAUAUCACCCCCAUCUCCUGUACUAUCAGUCCAAGCUCAAGUGCCAGGAAAAGACACAGAGAAUCAUGAAGAACCUUCUCGGCCCUCGGAGGAAGAACCUUUGCAUCUGGAAGGUCUAGUGGCCCAGAGAAUAGCAGAGUACAACGCCAAACUCCGGGACAUCCGGAAGAGUAUAAAAAGCCCCCAUCCUCCUCUUCACCGACAACGAUCCUUCUCCUUUUCUGGAGUACAGUCACCACGGGAGAAGUCACCAGAAGAAACAGAAGCCCCCACCCGAAGACGCACAACCAGUGAAGGCCAGUAUGAGAACAGUCCUCAGGACCCAAGUUCACCACGAAGUCCCACUGUUCGUUCUCCAGUUCAUUGUGUCUCACCAGAGGUGGUUAGCACCAUCUCUGCCAACCCUGGAGGACGACCCAAGGAGCCCCAUCUGCACAGCUACAAAGAAGCUUUUGAAGAGAUGCAGGGGACUCCUCCAAGCAGUCCACCUUCCAGUGGUGGUGAGACCUCUCCCCCAACCCCUGCCUUCCCUGUCUCACCACAAACCCCUUACAGUAACCUGUUGCGCUCUCCACCAGGACUGGCCAAGACCCCCCUUUCAGCCCUGGGCCUGAAGCCCCACAAUCCAGCUGAAAUCUUGUUGCAGCAGUCAGGAGAACUUGAUGAGGAGACAAUAGUUGAGUCUUAUGAAGAGCCCCGGAGCUAUGUUGAAUCCGUGGCCCGUACAGCAGCUGGUGGUGGCUAUGGUGGCAGUGGAAGCCACACAGUUGGGAAAUCUCCGUCAACCCCAGCUCUGCAGACCUACAACAUUGAGACCCCAGAAAGGAAUGGAUCUUUCACCAACUCCUUCACCGCACCAAGCCCUGUUGCUUCCAGCAGCCCUAUGCACAGCACAGAUGGUGUCUCGAUAAACAGCUACCCUUCGGAGAACAGCACCAGUAUAGCCAUACCCUCCCAACCCUCUGCUAACUCCAGCUUCCAGUCCAGCAAUAUUUCUCAGGUGCCCUCGGCACACAGCAGCUACCAAAACACAUCAACAUCAACUCAGGGGCUCCCAAGCUAUAUGAGUUCUGAUUUCCCUGAUGGCCGAGUCAGUGCUCAAGUAGAGAGGCCUCAGCCUCAAGUCAGUGCAGUUGGGGUCCAUGUCAUGCCUGGAAGCCCCCAUUCCCUCCACAGAACAGUAGCCACCAAUACCCCCCCUAGCCCAGGUUUUGGGCGGAGAGCUGUCACCACCAACAUGGUGGGAACACCAGGAAGCCCAAGUAUGAGUAGGCACUUAAUGGGUCCACAUGGCAACCUUGUUGCAGCACCUGGGAGCCCAAACCUUGUUCGGCACCAGCCUGUAAUGGGAGGAGGUACAUCUGUAGUUUCUGGUAGUCCCAGCUUGGAUCGGCAUGUCAUCUAUGGAUACUCAACUCCUGAGGAGAAGCGCCCGGCACUGUCCCGCCAAAGCAGUGCUGGAGGCUACCAAGCUCCCUCUACCCCAUCUUUUCCUGUCUCCCCGGCCUACUACCAUGGAGUAAGCAGUCCACAUUCAUCUUCCCCUGACUCGGCCAUUUACAGACAGGGGAGCCCCACCCCACCCCAACCACAGCUUCCAGAGAAGAGAAGGAUGUCAUCAGGAGAUCGUUCAAACAGCCUGCCCAACUAUGCCACAGUAAAUGGCAAAACCUCAUCACCCAUCUCCAGUGGCAUGUCCAGUCCCAGCAGUGGUAGUGGCAUGGCUUUUCAUCAGACUCUGCCGGAUUUCUCCAAGUUCUCAAUGCUAGACAGUAGUCCUGAGACCAGAGCUAACGUGAAGUUUGUCCAAGAUACUUCCAAGUAUUGGUACAAGCCAGAGAUUUCCCGGGAACAAGCCAUUGCAUUGCUGAAAGACAAGGAACCUGGAGCCUUCAUCAUCCGAGACAGCCACUCCUUCAGAGGAGCCUAUGGAUUGGCCAUGAAAGUGGCUUCUCCGCCUCCUGGUGUUGUGCAGCAGAGCAAAAAGGGAGAUCUCGCCAAUGAGCUUGUUAGGCACUUCCUGAUAGAAACCAGCCCUAAAGGUGUGAAGCUAAAAGGAUGCCCCAAUGAGCCAAAUUUUGGUUGCCUAUCUGCCCUGGUUUACCAGCACUCCAUUAUGCCUCUGGCUUUGCCCUGCAAGCUGGUCAUUCCUGACCGAGGUAAAGGCACUAGCAUCAAGUCAUAUCCCAUGGAUGAAACAAAAGAGACAACCUCAUCAAGCAAUUCAGCAACUGACUUGCUCAAGCAGGGAGCAGCCUGCAAUGUGCUCUUCAUUAACUCAGUGGAGAUGGAAUCCUUAACAGGACCACAGGCCAUCGCCAAAGCUAUCACUGAGACACUGGCCGUCGAUACCCCACCUUCCGCUACUAUUGUUCAUUUCAAAGUCUCAACGCAAGGAAUUACCUUAACAGACAACCAGAGGAAGUUAUUCUUCAGACGACAUUACCCCAUCAACACUGUUACUUUUUGUGAUGUAGACCCACAGGAGAGAAAGUGGACUAAAUCCGAGAGUGGUGGCUCUGCAAAGCUCUUUGGCUUUGUGGCCAGAAAGCAAGGCAGUACGACGGAUAAUGUCUGCCACCUUUUUGCCGAGCUGGACCCCGAUCAGCCAGCUGCUGCCAUCGUCAAUUUUGUUUCCAGGGUUAUGCUCGGUUCCUCUCAGAAGAGAUGAGCUGCUGUCUUCCCCCAGCUGGGGGCUUCUUGCCCUUGAAUUUUGAAGAAGGACUUGGAGUUGUUCCGAGAAAGAGUGUAAGGAAGUGCAUGGUGAAAGAAGGAAGUGAACCAAUGGGGGGAAAGAGAAGGGAAAAUAUGCCUGAAUUUUUGGAAGGCCCAAACCAACCAAAUGUACGUACAAUGCAGAAGCCAAGGAAUUGACAUUGUCACCUUUCUCUGCUGAGUUCCAGAGGUGGAGACAGUUUUGGCUUUUGGAUCAGCAUGAAAAAUCAGAGAAUUCAGCCCCACAGGCCAAAGCACGGAUCUUAUUAACCUUUGUGGGGGUAGGACUAUAUAGUAGUUGCUUGUUUAGAAAAUAAGGCAAACAAACAAACAAAAAUUAAUCAUGAAUACGUGAGCUGCGGAAAUCACAUUGAGAGACAUGCCAAACAAGCAAUCAUUUCUGAAAGUUAUUGCUCCCAACUCUUCAACUGCUGAAUGUAUGAAAUAUAUCUGCGUGGGUGUGCACAAAUGUGUGCCAGUGAGUUUGUGUGUGUGUGUGUGUAUAGUGUUCACAUGUUUUAAUGUGUAUCUGUGGAAAUCUGCAGCAUUAGGACUCUGCCUCUGCUGAAUGUCAAGUAGUGAUUGUUCAGAAUUUUUAUUUGUUGACAUCCUAAUUAGCCCCUAUCCAUCAAGAAUAUGGGUUUCUAUCAAUCUGGCUGAGAGGAAUACCCCCUAAGCAGAUACCAACAUUGUGAGAUCUACUAGGGAGGUGAAAAGUUCUGAUUUUAACCAAUUGUGGCACAUAACUAGAUCCACAGUCUUUUACACACACAAACACAGACACACACACACAAGCAAAAACAUGCAGGAGUUGUUGAGUGGGCGAUCUCUCCCUAGUUAGUUUUAGGCGCAUGCUAGCCAAAGUAAGAGAGAUAUCUCUGUGCAGCGAGUCAGUCUGUGACAGGCCAUUGAAACAGAGACAUUGUCUCUGCCUCUAAAACCGUGAAAUACCAGCAGUUUGGGAAUGCCAUUCCUUUUAUGUAUAAGUAAAAACUACCCUGUCCAGGUUUCUCCUUUCUCCUUUGGGAGAAAUGCACGCAGUUUUGUAUGUUGCAUGAAAUUUAUUCUGUAGUGCAAAGAUGAGAUGAAUGAUCUGAUCAUGGGGAAGGGGUGGGGGAUUUUGUAAGAUUAACCUUUUUUAAAAAAAAGAUCCCGGUUGGGGUGAGCUCUGGCUUAAGCAUGGCCAUAGGUGAUCCAACAACCGUUUAGUGUGCAGCAAAACUUGUUCAUUGGUUUGCCUCAUUAAUUUUUUCUUUUGCUACAAAAAGCAUCAAGCGUCAAGCCUUAUGCUGACCCACUAGCCCACUGUUAGCUGUGUGGUCUUUGAUGGAGAUUUGUCGUAGAAAGGGAGACAGUUCCUCUGUCUUGCCAAUUGCCUCAUGAAGAGCAACCUCAUGCUCAUCUCCACAGUGAAGGGGUAGUGUAGCAGCUGUGGAGGAUCGAUACCUUUUUUCAGCUCAACAUCAACAACCAAUCGUAUUAUCAUUGAGACAUUCCGUAUGGGGGCCACACAAGUACUGUAUUUUAACUGAUGGCUCCCAGUAUGUUUGUCAAAAAGAGGUUGAAUUAUCAGGAGGUGUUUGCUUGACUAUAGAAGGAUCUGUUACAGGCCCCCAGAGUUCAUUGAGGGAUUUUCUCACUGCCCUUUCAAGCGCCUGCAAUUGACAAAUCCCAGGUAAAGAGUUUUUUGCUGAACGGACAAGGAGUUGUUCCCAUUUAUAAAAUCCUAUGGGUUUUUGUGAAUUCUUCAAUCUCUACUUCAACUAGAGCCAAGGCCCUAUUUAAGCAAUUUGCAUUGGGUUGCCUUGUCAUCUGGUCAAAGGAAAACCGGUCUGAAAAGACCAGUAUGCAUGGCAACAACGUAAGUCUGUUGGCCAUAUACAUCUUUCAUUGAUAACACAGGAUGGUCUUCAUGACACACAGCAGUGGUGGAGAGUCAGUUGGGUUGAUGCCUUCUGGUAGGCUAUUUCUCCCCCCUAAACAUUAUGAUGCAAAGCCAUAUCCUACAAAAUGUUGUCUGGCUUGUUGAUACAAGAGAACCUAAAAAUAUUGGGAGAACAUAUUUUGGAAAAGAAUGUGUGUCAGUGAGACACUUCAGUACCUAGUCACAUAGUGACUCAAAGUCAAAAAUGAAUUCCAAGACAUGCUGCCACUUAAAUUCCCCUGGAGAGUGUGACUCUCUCAUUGCCUUGAUAUAAUAUAUAUGUAUGUAUGUAUGUAAGUAUGUACGUAUGAAAUAUACUGACAAAAUAAUGUAAGCUAGUCAAAAAAAAUUUAAAAAGUGAAAUUUCCAAGAAAAGUAUUUAUUUUGCCAUAUUGCUUUUAUCUAUCUUUUAUCUCCUCCAAUAUUUGCAAUAUCCUGCCAUUCCUCCCUUCCCCAUGUUAUUGUUUCUUGUAUGUAUAACUUAGUGCAAAGCAAUUAGUAUUCUUGACAUGGGCAAGGUUUUAAAAGAUGAUGGCUGUCCCUCUCCCAAGCUCCUUAAUGUGUUUUUGAUUUUGUACCACAAUAUGGCAUCUUAUGGUAUUUUUUCAUCCCUCAUUUUAGUCAUCUGCCUGAGCAAGUGAGCAUGUAUGGAUUGGUACUCUGUUGCUGAGUGAUGUGAGGGUUAGUGGUGAGCGCAUGUGUGAAAGUGUGUAGAGAGAGAGACACUUUUCUGGAUACUGUACAAAGUGUUGGUUUUGCAUUUGAGAGCUGUUGCCGAGACAGGUACUUGGAUGGAGUGGGAGCAUCAAGUUUUGGUGUCAUCAUCCAGUUUCCACACCCUGUCCUCAACUGGAUGGGAUGCUGGAGAUUUCAACAGCUUCUUUAUGUUGGUUGCAAAUAUUUCUCUCCUUCUGCAAAAUUCAAGCAAGAUGAUUCCCCCUCCCUCGCCUGCAACUGUCUCACCCUGCCAUUAACCAAUUAGAGAAACACUGUGUCUAUAGAUAUAUAAAUAUUAUAAAUAUAUAUAUAUAUUUUUGAAAGUCUCUAUUUUUCAGACUUCAUUUUUUUCACUGCUUUCAAGCACUUGCAGUCUCCUCCCCCUUUCCUUGAACAUUUUCUGCUGUGUUGCAGAAUGUGGUAUUGAUACUUAAUUGUUUUGUUCCUGUUUUGCCAUUCAAAAGAAAUAAGCUUGAUGUAAGUCAUCUAAUGGUCAUAUAUAAAUAAAUAUCAUCAUGGCAAGCAUGUGCAUGUCAACAGAAUACCUGCUUCUUGCCACAAACUGCUCACUACUAACUCACUCGCUGAAGAUGGGAAGUGUAAGAUCUCUACAUUUUAGGCAUUACUGCUGAUAAUGGCUUUUUUUUAAAAAAAGGAAAGAGAAGAGAAGAAGCAAAGCUAAUCACAUAAUGUAACAUGUUGCUUUUUUUUUUGCUUGCACCCAAGACAAAAGCUGCAUUAUAGGAGAAAUGAUUGUGUUUAUCAUCCCUGUUUAACUGAGAUCAACCUCAGCUCCUCCAGCAUGGCUUUUCAUUCAGAUUUUCAAAAUGAGAGCGAGAGAGCCCACAGGGGCACAAGCACUUAUCAAGGGUCAUGAGUCUUCCUUACUCUAAACCAGCCAAUUCCUCUGUAUAUCUCAAUAGGGUCAGAGGAAUCCUGAUCUCACCGCCUCCUUUCAAGCGGUGCUGUGCCUUUCUAGAACAGGGACAAGUAUUAAGACUACAAUUGCAAAUAAAUCAUUUUUUAUGGACUAUCAGUCCAGUCAUAACAGGAAGAGUGCCUCUUGAGGUAUGUGGGAAUUUUGAAAAGGCAAUCACAGCUAUCACAAAUUUGGGAAUGAGAAACCAUCUUACCUUUGCCUUUACCUGCAAUCUCCACCUUGCGGGCUGUUAAGCUAAGCCAUGUUCAUUAUCUAUUGUGAUCUGUAUAGAUAUUUGCCCAGAAUGUGAACAAGCUAUUGCAUUGACGUCUCCUCUUUGGCGAAUCAAGUAUUACCCUGUCAGCCAAAAAGCCAUACUCACAGUUAUUCCAUUGGAUUGGAGAGUGGUUUUCUUGUAAUGCCGGUAAGACUGACAUUUUGGUUUGCCUUCUGUUGAAUCCCAAAUGCUGGAGGAGCUGCUACAAUCUUCCCAAUAAACACAUACAUUUUGUUGAUUCUCUUUCUUUUAAGGAAUGCAGGAGAAAAAAACUGUCCCAUUCAAAACACACCCCUCUUUCCAGUGCCUGGGAAUUAUGUUUAAUGUAACUUUAUGCCAUGUAUGCUAUGUAAUAAUGAUUCUAUUAGUUUGAUAGUUCAAGGUGUUAUAUUUUAUUCACCAGCACACCAAACAUCUUCUCCUGUGCAAAGAGUACUGCAUAAUCUUGCCAAAGAUACCUAUUUGACAUGCACUUUCCUCUUCCUGAUGGUUGUACAUUUAUUUCAUGUGCCUCUUUCCUUUUCUUGUUUUGUGUUAAAUUGGGUUGGCUAGUGUCUUUUUAGUUUGUUUUAUCUAGCCAAUUUAUGAAACACUCGCCAUGCUUCAAUAGGUCGGUGAUGUCAACUGUUUUAUGUGUAAUUUGAUAUAUGAAGAAAUUUAUUGAGUAGUGAAAUAGCCAAAGUAACAUAUGUAUAUGUUAGAGAACAGGAGAAAAGCCAUUCAACUACCCUCAUAUGCUUGUCCUCGAGGCCUUAACCCUUAUAUAAAAAUGCUGCUCAGCCCUCCUAAUGGUCCCCUAAUCCAUAUCAAAUAAGCAACCAUUUUAUAUUGCUUACUCAAAUCACUCACCAGAACCUUUGAGAAAAAAAAUUAAAGUCAACAGCACUAGACACAGAAGUGUGUCUUCAUAUACUGACAUUGUUUCUCAGACAUUCACAAAGAUUUGAAUAUGUUUUACUAUUGUUGAGGUUAUUUGAUAUCCUGUGCAAUGGAGAUGUGAGAAUUAUGACCUGAUAAAUGUCUCCACCAUGGUAGCCUGCUGCACUGUAGCUCUUUGCAGGACCAUUAGGCAACAUUGUAGUUAGCUAAUCUUCUCUCUUUUUGUAGACAUGGGAGCAUCCACUGCCAUAUCAGACCUAUACCACAACCACCUCAAUGGACCAUCUCAGGGUGCAGUCUGAGGUUGAUAGACUGGAAAUAAGCAUAAAGAAGAAAUUAGGUCAAUAUAUGGGAAGAAUAUGGCUAUCUCCUGUUGGCCUGUAAUGUAGUUGUUCAUUCAAAAGAGUUGGGAUCCAGGUAAAUUUUAUGUGGUGCAUUAUUUGAGGAUUAUCUGGUAAAAUUAUCCAUUCAUUUUCUUGUGGAAUAUGCAAGAGACAAAGAGUGGACCUGUGUUCCAAUGCCCUUUAUCAGUUUCAGCAUUUAACACAAGAGAUAACUUUGGACAUCAAGGUAAUAGCAUUACUGGGUCUUGAGUUUAUGGCAUAGAUGAAGGUUUUAAAAUUGUAAUCAGAAUGGCAACAUCCAUACUGUUCCAGAGUCAUCAGAGAAUCAGACAUAAUUAAUUACCUGUAAGAGAGCUGAACUGUGCCACAUGAGAAUUUAUCAAGCAGAGGCAGGAAAACCACCUGUUGGGGAUGUUCCAACCCUAGAUCUCCAGAACUGACCAGGGGAUUAGGCUAGAUGGUCUGCCAGGCCUUCUCCGAGUCUGUGAUUCUAUUGUCAUUAAAGCAAGUGCCCCAUAUCUUGCAUUAUGGGGGGAAGGGACAUUUUUGACAUGAAGGUUUUACAGAGUACCAUUAAGUUGCAGAGUAGCCUGGAAUUGGAUUGAAUUAGCAGCAAAUCUUCCCAGUCUUUUUAGACUUUUCUCUUUUUGUUACAUCUCUUUAGUUCUGAUUCCAUUGUUUUAGUUCGUUAGAAAGAAUGGUAAUGAUAUUCUUGGCAGAAAACAAUGCAUACGCAUUUGAAAAUAAGUUAUAAGUGGAAAAAAAUUGUCAGUCUAAAUUCUAUUUUCUCUUCUAAAGUUCUUUUUAAAUUUGUGAAGGAAUCUGCAAAUUUUCAAAAGUUAAUUUCAAAGUGAAGUGAACAAUAUAAUAUUUAUUAGCCUAAUUUAAUAAAAGUAGCUAUCCUUACAUGGAGAAGAUUAUUUUGUGUCUACCUGUGGGUAUUAAAAAAAUAAGGAGCCCCUCAGGAAAGACAGAAAAAGCUAUGGCACUCAAAUGUAAAGAGAUUCAAAAAAAGAUGUUUAAAGGUGGGAUGAGAAUGUCACACACAUAGGCCACAUGUGGCUCUUCAGGUUUUUUAUGCAACCUUCCCAGGAACAUCAAAACCCCCAUCAUCCAAUUUUCUAAAUACUUUUCAUGAGUAAUCAGUUUCUCCACAUCAUCCAAACCACUGUCAAAACACAGCAAGAUUCACCCCCUAAAACCUUCUCAAACAAAAACAACCCCCAGCAGCUAAAAAUAAAUGUAAAGUAAAAUCUGAACACAAAAGUGUAACUUGCCAGGGGAGGACAAAGCAAAAACUGUCCCCUUCCAGUGCAGCUGCCAAACCCUAUUCUAAUAGAAGAGAAGAAUUUAAACAUAGGUAGAUUGAAUGUCGAUUUCCCUAUUCGCACAUCAGAUUUUUUCUUUUAACUUUUAAAUUUUGUGGCUGAUUUUUUGCCAUCAGCAUUUUGCUCAUCUUCUCAUCAUUCAAAGACUGUGUUGAAUUGUGGCCUUACACUUACCUGGAGCCCAUAAAUAGGCUUCCUAGUAACACACCCAAUAAAGCACCCAGUCCAGACUCAUCCAAAUCUGUCAUUAGCGAAUACCUCAAAAUAUUUGGGCAGAUCAAGAGAAUGUAAUACAGUAUUAUUUUCCAAUGCAUCAAUUAAAAUAUCUGAUGUGACUUCUUGAUUCCUGAAAUGGUUUAGGAAUAUCAAGCCCCAACAGAAAUAAUGCUAACUUUUCAUAUUUAAACCUGUCCCAUGAAAGGAGAUCAUGUGGAAAGUAUGGAAUCAUAUUUUUUUUUUUGGUGUCAGGAAUGACUUGAGAAAGUGCAAGCCGCUUCUGGUGUGAGAAAAUUGGCCAUCUGCAAAGAUGUUGCCCGUGGGAUGCCCAGAUGUUUUAAUGUUUUACCAUCCUUGUGGGAGGUUUCUCUCAUGUCCCUGCAUGGGGAGCUGGAGCUGACAGAAGGUGCUCAUCCAUGCUUUCCCAGGAUUUGAACCUCCGACCUGUCGGUCUUCAGUCCUGCUGGCACAAGGGUUCAACCCAUUGUGCCACUGGGGGCUCCAUGGAAUCAAGUGAUAUGUUCAGCAAUCCUGUUUUCUUUUUCAGUAGAGAGUCUUGCUAAUAGCAGUAAAAUUGACCCUAUUAAUCUCCACUGGCCCUACUGAAGCAAAUUCAUUAGGUCCAGUAGACUUGCUCUGAAGCAAAUCACUUUCUCCAAAUGCUCAAGACCUGACAACAUUUACUAGGAAGUACGUUCUUUCGAUUUUUGUGGGUAAGUAAACCUGGGAUGGCAACCAAAUGGUGCAGACCCAUAUUUUUUGUUAACUACAUUUACUGUUUUGUGACUCCUGUUAUUUUUAUUGUUGCAACAGAUUUUUGUCAGGAUUAAUAACAGCCUGAAACAACCUUUCAUUUUUCCUUCUUGCACCUUCGCAUUUUUAAAAUAAAUGCACAGAUGUGCAAAUGCAUAAUUGGGCAUAUACUCAAAGGAGUCAGAGGGAGGAAAAACCUAGACUAACCCCCUUUCUAUGUAUUUAUAUAGACAUAUUUUCCUUUAUAUUUUGUAUCUUUGUGCCCAUCAUUUUCAUCAUUUUUACAUAAGAGACAGCUCUGCGCCACUCAUGGUUCAUGUGUGAAUGGACCAUACACAUCCUUUCAUUCCCUUUGUACAGUUAUCUGAACUCAUUGCAGUUACUUGUAUGGCUUUAUAAAUGAUAAGAUUUUAAACAAAAUCAAUUAUAUGAAAUAUACUGUUGCUUGAAAUGCCCAGCUUGGUGUCUGGAUUGCUAGAAUUGUAUCUCCAAUACUAAGAGAGUGAAGGAAUAAAGGCUCUCUACUUUUUGCACAGGGAAAACAA